AUGAAGACGACGUGGAAAGAGAUUGCGCCUGUGCCAACGUCGCAAGAAUUUAUCGAUAUUGUGCUUAGUCGUACACAGAGGCGACUACCUACCCAGAUCAGAGCCGGCUUCAAAAUCUCGAGAAUAAGAGCUUUUUACACAAGAAAAGUCAAAUACACGGCAGAGACAUUCGCAGAGAAAUUCCAGGCUAUCCUAGAUGGCUUCCCUCGAUUGCAGGACAUCCACCCGUUUCACAAAGAUCUUAUGAACACACUUUACGAUGCCGACCACUUCAGAAUAGCCCUAGGAACAUUGUCGACUGCAAAGAGAUUGAUAGAGACUGUGUCAAGAGACUAUGUACGACUGCUCAAGUAUGCGCAGUCACUAUUUCAAUGCAAGAACUUGAAGAAAGCCGCUCUAGGUCGUAUGGCCACAAUAUGUAGGAGACUACGAGAUCCCUUGGUUUACCUCGAACAAGUACGACAGCAUCUGGGUAGAUUACCGAGCAUCGACCCCAACACGAGAACGCUGUUGAUCUGCGGCUAUCCCAAUGUUGGCAAGUCAAGCUUUUUGAAACAGAUUACAAGAGCCGAUGUCGAUGUGCAGCCAUAUGCUUUCACCACAAAAUCCCUCUUUGUGGGCCACUUUGACUAUAAAUAUCUAAGGUUUCAAGCAGUUGAUACUCCUGGUAUUUUGGACCACCCACUAGAAGAGAUGAACACAAUCGAAAUGCAGUCGAUUACUGCUAUUGCACAUCUUCGGUCGGCUGUAUUAUACUUCAUGGAUCUAUCAGAACAGUGUGGGUACUCCGUCGAGGCCCAGAUUGGUCUGUUCUCCUCGAUACGACCGCUGUUUGCAAACAAAUUGGUCUUCCUCGUGGUAAACAAGACCGAUGUGACCAAGCCGGAAGACUUGUCAGAAGAUCUGCAGAAACAACUGUCAGAUCUAGUCACCCAAAAUUCCAAUACAGAACUGCUCCAAUUGUCUUGCAUAACGAAUGAGGGUGUUCAGAAUGUCAAAAACAUAGUCUGUGAUCGUUUGAUCGAAGAACGCGUCGCAUCCAAACUCAAGGCUGGCCAGGCCUCACAACCUGCACUUGGAGAUGCUCCAACCGGACGACUUGGUGAUCUUCUUGCUCGAAUUCAUGUGGCGAGACCGCUUGCGGGAUCGCACAGCGAAACGUAUAUCCCAGAAGCAGUUUUGAAUGGCACCCACAAGAGAAUUGAUAAGAAUGACCCAGAACGAAGAAAGCUCGAACGCGACAUCGAAGAAGAAGAAGGCGGUGCGGGUGUCUACAACGUCGAUCUCAAGAAAUGGUACGAUCUUGGAGAUUCAGACUGGAACCAUGACAAGGUACCCGAAUUUUUCAAUGGCAGAAACGUGGCAGACUUUGUGGAUCCCGAUAUUGAAGAGAAACUAGCAGCUCUCGAGGCCGAGGAAGAGCGUCUGGAAGGAGAAGGAUACUACGACGAGUCCGAAAGUAUGGAAGAUGAGGAAGACGCCGAUAUCAGAAUGCGAGCAGACAUGAUUCGAGACAAACGAGCACUAAUGAUGAGCGAAGCUCGUACCAAGAGGUCGCUGAAGAACAAGGCACAAAUCCCACGUUCGAAGAAAGCCAGAACGACAUCACAGAUGGCGGCUCACUUCAACAAGAUCGGUCUUGAUGGCUCAGCACCAGUUGAUAGAGCACGGGCACAGAUCCGAAACGCGCCUGCUGAGUCGAGGUCGAAUGCUGGAUCAGCUAUGGACAUCGACACCCCAUCUGCCCGAGCACGAUCUGUCUCCCGAGCACCUAAGACGAAUAGAUUGACUGAUGGUAUUACGAAGACAACAGCUACUGGUAUUGCGGAUCCUAUCACUGAGGAGAAGGUGGAGAGAAUGGCCAAGCUCAGUCAGAGGAAGAUGAACAGAAUGGCUAGGCAAGGUGAGGCUGAUAGGCACGAAACAGCCAGCUUGCCAAAGCAUUUGCUUGCCGGCAAGAGAGGUAUGGGCAAGACAAGAAGCAGAUAA